AUGGAGGAUGAUGAUUCUUCCUCUGAUCAGCCUGGGUACAUCUCACCCUCCUACACGGAUUAUUUCAUAGCUGGUUGUCGACGCAUUAGACCCUGCAACGAAAUCGACUGGAGAAAGGAUACUGAGGUCGAAAGUGAUGAAGCCAAGUCCUUUGUCAAGAAGGCAUAUGAUGACGGGGUUCCUCUGUUUACUAAAAGCGCUCUUCGGGAAAUCCAGAAGCAGUUGAAAGGUGAUUUACGAGCCGGCCAAAAGGUGUCGAUAAAGAGUAUCGACGGAGUGCCCGUGGAAUUUGACGUAAAGACCGGCGAGGUUGUGCUAUCGGGAAUCAACUCAGAAUACGUUGCAAUGAGGCCCUCCGUAUAUUAUAGGUCUCUAGCAUCCAUUUUGGCGGAUCGAGAUGAUAUUGAUAUAGGGUAUUGCACCAUCGAAAUCCAGCAUCCUGUCUUUUUACGGCACGACUUCACCAAAGAUAUUAUUGAUAUCAAGCCGACGAAGGACUAUGAUUCCUUGAAUAAGUCAUGGGAAUCCAGUGAUAUUUGUCUACAGCUCCGAGCAGCGCUGAAGGAUAUUAAGCUGCCCCAGAAUCUCAUAAUUAAUGAAAUUGUUGCAUUUGCAUGCGGCUCAAUUUCUGGUGACAGAAAAGGUCCCUCAGAUGCCUACUGGGCAGCAAGGUCGAGAGAAAGGUCCUCGUAUCAACAUCCAAUGUUACGCACGCUACAAGGAUGCCACGAGGUUCAAUGCUUUGCACAGAAUCCUAUAUACACUAGCGUCGACUCCAAGGUUUUAGGAGAGGCUGGAAUUACCAUUGUCGCGGAUCUAGAAGGCUUCCUCCAGGUUGAUGAUGCGGCCGUGGUGGUUUCGUUAUAUCCCAACGCCCCUGUCAAGCAGGUAGUGGCGGACAUUUCUCGUCCAGCUGUGAUAAUAUGGGACGUUUUUACUGACGAUGGUGAUGGCUUAACGGAUCCAGUAUCUUCUCGUGUUGAGGCUUUCAUGCAAGGCUUUUACCAGGCAUAUGAGUUUCCGAGUGAUGACGACAAUAUGAGGAAUAUAGCUGUUUUCACGAGGUUUGAUAUCUAG